AUGGUUAGGAUAGCUUCAUUCGCCAGCACUCUCGCUGGCGUCUUGCUUCAUACGGCAACGGCUCUCGAAGUCAACUUUGACAAUCAAGGCGAUGUGUUUGAUGCUGCGUCCACUAUCGCCUUUGGCCUCAUGAGGUCUUAUACCGGCAACUAUACCGGAGAUGUUCCCGGAAAUCUUCCUGACCCAUAUUUCUGGUGGGAGGCGGGUGCCAUGUUCGGGCAUCUUGUGGACUACUGGCACAUCACCGGGGACGAGAGUUACGUUAACCAAACGGUUCAAGCGAUAGUACACCAAUCGGGCGAUCUCCGCGAUCUCAUGCCGAAAAACCAGACGCAUACCGAGGGAAACGACGACCAAGGCUUUUGGGCCAUGUCCGUGAUGGCUGCCGCCGAGAACAACUUUCCUAACCCCCGCCGACCAGCCGCAAUACGAGUGCAACGGCGGCCUGAGAUGGCAAAUCUCCCCAUUAACAAGGGUUUCAAUUACAAGAACGCCAUCUCCAACGGUUGUUUCUUCAACCUUGCGGCCCGCCUCGCCCGCUACACUGGAAACUCCACGUACGCCGAAUGGGCCGAAAAGGUGUACGAUUGGGAAACCGAGACGGAGUUCCUGUGGAGCUACAACGCCGGUAUCCACCUCCACGGCGCCGCCGUCAUGUACAACCUUACCGGAAGCGAUGUCUGGAAACAACGCCUUGACGGGCUUCUAGCCACCACCGUUGAGAUCUUCUUCAAGGACAGCGUCGCCUUCGAGCAGGCGUGCGAGCCCUUCAAGGUUUGCAACAUUGAUCAGCGCUCUUUCAAGGGCUACCUGCUCCGCUGGAUGUCUGCUACCACGCAUCUCGCCCCACACACGAUUGACAUUAUCCGACCCCUUCUCCGAGCUAGCGGUGAGGCUGCCGCCCUUGCGUGCGAUGGACCCCUCAACCCAGAUUUUAAGGGCCACGCCGAUACAGCCUGCGGCCAAGACUGGUCCCGACGGACCUUUGACGGCUUCUCGGGCGUGGGAGAACAGAUGAAUGCCCUCGCCGCCGUCAUGUACACACAGGGCGGCGCUUCCGCAGCACCCGUCACACUAGGCUCUGGCGGCACUUCGCAAAGCGACGCAAAUGCGGGCGCGCCGGAGAAGAGCAAGUAUGACUUUGCGCCCAUCGAGACGAGAGACCGCGUUGCCGCGGCGUUUGUAACGUUGGCGAUAUGCUUGGGCGUUGUAGUCAGCGCGGUGUUCAUGAUAAUGGACUAA